CACCUUAUUACAAAGGACCAUUUUGAGAAUUUACUCAUAAAUAAUUUAUGAAUUAUUUAAAACUUAAAAAAUCUUUUAAAUUUCAAAUCAAAUACACAUCUUUAAUUAGAAAAACCAUUUUGGGAAAGCACUUCAUUAUAAAUGAUUAUUUUAAGAAUUAAUUCUAAAUUUAGCAGAGAAAAAAUAACCUUAAUUAAUCCUCAUUUGAGUAACAUUAUUUAUGAAGGAUCAUCUUGGGGAUAAAUCUCAAUUAUAGAGGACCACCUAGGAUUUACCAAGAGUUGUGUACGGAUGUACUAUAUACCAACUCCCUCCCUACUCGGCCCAUUAACUGGUAUAACGAGACUCCGGUCUCCGGAUAAUAAAGGAGCCCACCUUCCGUUUAGCUUUGCUCCAACGUCGUCCAGGUUCAUCCCCCUCUUGCGCGACUCUUUCUCACUCAGACAGAGGGAUUCUUAUGUUGUACAAAAUUUCAUUUUUGGGAUUUAGGGGAUUCCCCCUAACAGAAAAACCAACCUAGAAUAACCAACCAAGUGGAGAUGUAUGUGUAUUGCGCUAAUCUGGUAAUUGUGGUAAUCUGUAUAUCUUGAAACACUGGUUCCAGUUGAAUGUCCAUAGCGAUGGGAGGAGUGGGAGGUCCUUUGUUAGGCCUCGGUGACAUUGGAGAAGAGGGGUGCAAUAGCAACAAUGAUUCUAAGUCUACUUUCAAACCUUUAAAUCACCCCAAGCUCUUUCAGGUUGCAAAGCGCUUAGAGAAGUUUAAAACCACAAUUUUCACCGAAAUGAGUAUGCUUGCCAUCAAGUACGAAGCUAUAAACCUUGGCCAAGGAUUCCCCAAUUUUGACGGUCCUGAGUUUAUAAAAGAAGCAGCUAUUCAGGCCAUCAGAGCUGGUAAAAACCAAUAUGCUCGAGGAUAUGGCGUCCCUGACCUCAAUGCUGCUGUAGCUACACGGUUUAAGAAAGAUACUGGCCUUGAUAUUGACUCAGACAAAGAAGUGACUGUCACCUCUGGCUGCACCGAAGCGAUUGCUGCAACAAUGUUAGGCUUGAUAAAUCCUGGGGAUGAGGUCAUACUCUUUGCUCCAUUCUAUGAUUCUUAUGAAGCUACCUUGUCAAUGGCUGGAGCUAAGAUAAAGUGUGUUACUCUGCGCCCUCCAGAUUUCUCGGUCCCCCUUGAUGAGUUGAAAUCAGUUAUAUCAAAAAAUACCCGUGCAAUCCUCAUAAACACACCCCAUAACCCAACAGGGAAAAUGUUUACCCAAGAAGAACUCAAUGUCAUCGCCUCACUGUGCAUAGAGAAUGACGUUCUGGUUUUCACUGAUGAGGUCUAUGACAAGUUAGCGUUUGAAAUGGAACACAUUUCAAUGGCUUCUCUUCCAGGAAUGUAUGAAAGGACUGUGACAAUGAAUUCACUGGGGAAGACAUUCUCACUUACAGGCUGGAAAAUAGGAUGGGCGAUCGCUCCCCCACACUUGACAUGGGGAGUGAGACAAGCACAUUCGUUUCUUACUUUUGCUACGUCUACCCCAAUGCAAUACGCUUCUGCAGCUGCCCUAAGAGCACCGGAUUCUUUUUAUGUGGAUCUUAAGAAGGAUUACUUGGCAAAGAAGGCCAUAUUGGUGGAUGGGUUGAAGGCUGCAGGCUUCACUGUGUAUCCAUCAAGUGGAACUUAUUUUGUGAUGGUGGAUCACACGCCUUUAGGGAUGAAAGAUGACGUUGCAUUUUGUGAGUAUCUAAUAAAAGAGGUUGGAGUCGUAGCCAUUCCAACUAGUGUUUUUUAUCUAAAUCCUGAAGAUGGAAAGAAUCUUGUUAGAUUUACUUUCUGCAAAGAUGAGCAGACACUAAGAAGUGCAGUUGAGAGGAUGAAAGAGAAGUUAUCCAAGAAAUGAAAAGAAAUAGCCAAACAGGCACCGGAGGAACAACAAGGGCUGCUUGAUGUGCCUCCUUCCCACAUUACAACUGAACUAUUUUCUUGUAUCACCAUUGUUGCUCCUAUUUACAGUGUUAUUAGCUGUCAAUUUUCUGGUUACUGUUAUCCUUUUUCUGCAUCGAUAUUCUUAGGGGGUUUUACCAUAGACAGUUACUGUGCAAUAUUUUCCUGGCGGGACGAUUAAACUAUUUUGUGCUGG